AUGUCGUCGCCGCUUAACUUUACGCCGUGGAGGAGGAGAGCUAUGAGUACUGCAUCGCAGCGAGAUAAUGAGCAGGCUCAAUUGCAACGCGACGAGCCCUCAACUUCUCCUCCGCAUGGCCGAAGUCCUAAUGUUCCAAUUGCUGCUCCAAGGCCUGCCUCGAUUAGCUCUGCUGCCGGCCAUAGAGAGCCAAUUAGGUCUUUUAUACAUGGUUCUGUGCGAGAUAGCUUAGCGCCAAUCGAUAGUAUCCAGAACGCUCGAUCCGUCCGCCAGGACACCGCAGAGCUUGCGACUUACGUGCUCUCCGACCCAAAGACGCAACAGAACUCGAGCGUCCUCCAGCGAGCAAGGGUCUCAUACCAAGACUCAAUUGACUCCGAAGCUGUCGAGGACGGUUCCACAGCUGACAAUAACCGGUCCUCGAAAACGAUCUUAGAGGUCUCCGAACCGCCAUCACCGGAUGGUCACGAUGAGGAGUUUGACGAAGAUGCCGGGCCCUCGGUACUGGCAAACCUUCUCAAGCGAUCUCCUCCGCAGUCAAUUGCUCCAGAACAACCACAAGUCGAAGAUGAAGAGGACAAUGGCGACCAACCCCAAGCAGAAGAGGUCCAACACCAGGUUGGCCACACAGAAAACGCGACAGAGCAUACACCUCUGCUCACGCACACAUCCUCAAACGGCAGGGGAUCCUAUUCUGAUCUUGAGGGGCAGAAGUCUCAGCCCAAGCAGUCAUGGCUAGGUGGUCUUGUGGAAGUUGGCCACAGGAUGGAGGAAAGAAUGUCGAAUGGGGUCGCGAUUGUCGCCAACCCCAAGAAAUGGGAUCGCAAUGCUCUCUGGAAUAACGUGGUGCUUACACCAACUUCAUGCCUCCCUGCUGUUGCUGUUGGUCUGCUGCUCAAUAUCUUGGAUGCUCUAUCAUAUGGAAUGAUCCUUUUCCCUCUAGGAAAACCAAUCUUUUCUCAACUCGGAUCUGCUGGAAUUUCUGUUUUCUAUGUUAGCACUAUUGUUUCGCAAAUCACUUUCUCAUCUGGUAGCAUCUUUAAAGGGGCUGUUGGUUCUGAACUGAUCGAAGUAGUCCCGUUCUUCCAUAAUAUGGCUGCUAAGAUCACUGAUAUUGUUGGGGAAGAGAACCCCGAUGCCGUGAUUGCCACCACUAUUGUGUCAUUCUCUGUUAGUGCCAUGAUGACAGGACUUGUCUUUUAUCUUAUGGGACGAUUCAAAGUUGGUUACAUGGUGGGAUUCAUUCCCAGACAUAUCCUAAUUGGCUGUAUUGGAGGUGUAGGUUGGUUCCUUAUCGCAACCGGCUUUGAGGUUUCUGCUCGCCUCGAUGGCAGCUUGCAGUACAACCUCGACACUCUAAAGCAGCUCUCAGACCCAGCCACGGUGCCCCUUUGGGUUGUGCCCCUGGUUCUCGCCAUCAUUCUCUUCUAUGGCCAGUCUAAGAUCACAUCCAAGUUCUUCUUGCCAUUGUUCAUCCUGGCAAUUCCUAUAAUAUUUUAUUUCUUUGUACUUGCGCUAGAUACAUUGGAUGUCGAUGUAUUGCGUGACCAUGGCUGGAUCUUCGAGGGACCCCCUUCAGGCGAGCCAUGGUGGUACUUCUACACUCUUUACAAGUUUAAGCUUGUACGCUGGGACGCGGUUAUAGAGUGUGUACCUGCCAUGCUCGCUUUGACAUUUUUCGGCAUUUUACAUGUCCCUAUUAACGUCCCUGCUUUGGCCCUUAAUUGUGGUGAGGAUCAUGCUGAUCUCGACAAAGAAUUGAGGCUUCAUGGGUACUCUAACCUCUUGUCGGGUUGUUUUGGCAGCAUCCAAAACUACCUUGUCUACGCUAACACUGUCUUCUUUAUGCGUUCCGGUGGCAACAGUCGCCUGGCUGGCUACAUGCUGGCCGCAGCAACGUUCGGUGUAAUGGUCAUCGGUCCUUCACUGAUAGGGUUCAUCCCAGUCAUGAUGGUGGGCACGCUGAUUUACGAUCUUGGCUUUGAGUUACUGCUUGAAGCUUUGUGGCUUCCACGGAAGAAACUUAAGCUAGCGGAAUACCUGACAGUUGUUGUAAUUGUCCUUGUUAUGGGUAUUCAUGACUUUGUUGUGGGUAUUGGAGUUGGUAUCUUGCUAGCUUUCGUAUCUUUGGUUCUGCAGACAUCGCGUGUAUCAGCCAUUCGCGGAAACUACUCUGGAGACAUUGUCACGUCCACUGUACGACGCAAUCCUUCCCAGCACCGGUACUUGCAUGAGGUUGGUCGACAGAUCUACAUCGUCAAGCUCACAGGCUACCUCUUCUUUGGAACUAUUGUCAGCGUGGAAGCGAAGAUCCGGGCUCUUCUGGAGGAUAUCGCAUUCACCAAGCAGCCCAUAAAGUUCCUCAUUCUCGAUAUGUGGCAUGUUACAGGACUCGACUAUUCUGCAGGAGAGGCUUUCAACACCAUCAGCCGACUGCUUGAUAACAAGGAUGUCGUUCUUGUCUUGAGUGGUGUGGAUUCCGAGACUCAACUUGGUCGCAAUCUGAGAGCUGUCGGGCUUGGAAAUGAUGGUAUCGAGGUCAUGAUGCUGCCCAAUCUCAACUCUGCUCUCGAAAGUUGCGAGAACGAACUUCUCAAGACACUUUACGCCAGACAGGAAGAGAUAAAUUCUCUGCGGCGUAUAUCGGCACAAUCUGCACAAAAUUUGGAUGUGCCUUCGAACAAAUCAUCCGGCUUCUCUUCCUUCGAUCCACCUUUCAACUCUCCGCGUCGAAACCACCUUGCUGAAGCGGCUCGCGAUACUCUGAGCAGCAUCGAUGUGAAGGGUCCGAAGAAGUGGCAGAGCUUCAAGGAGCCCUUGCGUCUCAUGCUCCAGGUCUUCCAAGGUCUAAGCGACAAGAACGAGGACUUUUGGUUCCCCGCAGCCUCCUAUUUCUCUCGACGCGAAAUUCCUGCUGGAAGUAUCAUAUUUCGACGCGGAGAGCAAGCCAACGGGUUCUACCUUGUAGAGCGUGGUAUUGUACGUGCUGAGUAUGAUCUCCCUCAGGGAUGGCUGUGCGAGAGCAUAGUUGCUGGAACCACUCUCGGCGAGCUGCCCUUUUUCUCAGAGACAGAUCGCACUGCAACAGCAGUUGUGGAACGUGACUGUGUGGUUUGGCUGAUGGACCGAGACCAAUGGGACAGGAUCCAGAAGAAGGAGCCGGAGAUUGGAAGAGAGCUGCUGAGAAUAUCAUUGAAGCUCACCAGCGAGAGAAUGAGCGCCAUCACCUCAUACAUCCUGACCACGGCAGGCUAA